AUGGAGCUGGCGGAGCUGGCUGCCUCUCCUGGCUCACCGCUGCUCCGCCGCACCGACGGCAGACGGCGCGCGGCCCGCGGCGCCUUCUCCGCGCCCAAGGUGCAGGGCCAGGUGGGCUCAAAGUCGCUGCCGACCCAUGGUGUGGUUGGUGCGCCAAGGGGGCGGGAUCAGACGAGUUCAGUGUCGCUGCUGGCCAAUGGUGUGGUGGGUACGCCAAAGGGGCAGGACCAGGGGAUUUCAAGGUCGCCGCUGGCCAAUGGCGUGGCGGGGACGCCUCGAGGUCAGCCGGUGGCCCCGACCGGGACGUCGCAGUCGACGACUCCGGAGACCUGUGCCAGGACGCUGGGCUGGCUCCCGUGGUCGCCUCGCCACCGGCUCUGGAAGCAGCGUCGCUACGCCAAAUCAGCUCCUGACGCGGAGGCUUCCGACGGCGAAGCCAUCGCGUCGGCGGAACAGGUGCCGACUCGGAAUACGGACUCUGGGGAGCCCGCAGCCACUACGGGCCGCAGGGAGCCGGCACUGGCCGCCGCCACACAGACUCCUCCCACCGCCCAAACAGUGCCGCCAUUGGUCGCAGCGGGAGCAUGUGAUGCCAAGAGACAUCUCACAGCGGCGGCUGGAGGUUGUGGUUCACCGGGCGGCGCCGGCGUCGCUGGCCGGGAGGAGGAGGAUGAGGACAUUGCGUGCACACAGCCUGUGACUGGUCUGGUGCUUGAUGGCGUGGUGGCCUUCGUGGACGUCCGCUCCGGUGCCGACAAUAGGUCGGAGCCGGUGCGGGCGCAGCUGCGCACUCUGGGCGCCACCGUCACCGACCGCCUCACCAAACAGGUCACCCACGUGGUGUUCAAGGACGGCUCGAAGGCGACGUUUGACCGGGCUCGCCGGGACCGGCUGAGACUGGUGUCCGCCCUCUGGGUGGACGCCUGCAGACAGCGCUCCGAGCACGUGGACGAGGGCCUCUACCCGCCGGCGGCCGCCGACAGGUACGAGUCGCCGUUGUUCCCGGCCCGGCUGCGCAAGCUGCGUUCCAUGCAGCCCCGCGACUUCGAGGAGGAGAUGGCGGCGGCCGACCGGUCAGAGAGCCACGAGUCCGACGAUGACCUGCCCCUCAGCGUCCGGCUGUUCAACAGGUGA